GUCGUCAACCCCAGUCCUUCGUCCCAAACGCUAUUUCCUUCCUAGACAACCGUUGGUUGCAGUGGCCACUUACCCACGAGGCAACUGAGGCACAAUGAACGCCUUCCGCUGCCUCCGCGCCGUCGCGCGCCCAACAACCCUCCUCAAGCCCUCCAUGGCGCAACAGGCCCGUAAUAUGUCCCUCCUUCAGGCCCGCCGCCCGAUGCUCUCCCUCUCCUCUAUGCCCGCCACCCUCGCUGCCCCCGGCGCACCUUCCACCGCCGUCGCCUCAUCCUUGGAGACCCUCGAUCUCGUCGGCAAGAUCUCUGCGUCUCCCGCCUUCGCUGGCGUACAGAUCAGGUGCGGCCCAAGAGACACGUAUAACCCAAGCCAUAUUGUGAGGAAGAGGAGACAUGGGUUCUUGUGCAGGCUGAGGACGAAGAAGGGGAGGAAGCUGCUGAUGAGGAGGUUGACCAGGGGACGGUGGAAUUUGAGCCAUUAGAAACUGUCUGAUUGAGAGACAGGAUGGCUGUGGAAGGAGCAGGCAAUGGGGCAGGAUGUCGAUCUGUGGCGCCAACGGACGACAUCAGAUGGUGGGAGAUGAAACGCCCUCCAUGGACGACGAAGCUUGCCUCAGUCCUGUUCGACAGACUGCCAGACUGGUCAUUGCACCGACAAAGGCCGUGGAAACAUGACACAGCCAACGCUAAGAAGCCCAAGACAUAACACGCCAGGGUGUAAGAAGAGACGCUGUUUGUAUAUCUACUGUACAUUGCACGCAUAGCUGGCGCCUCAUAGAUUAUGUACAACAAUCCUCGAAGCAAUUUCGAGCACAACAGCAUGUAGUUCCGUUCGAGAAAGCGCAAUGCUGUUCGAGCAGCCUUGUACAUGUUUCGUG